AUGGAGCCCUCGAGCCACGAUGUGCGGCGUCUCCUCUCUGUCCACUGGCGCCUUCCUGUGCAGAGACUCCGAGGAAGACGGGGGGGCGGCUCACGAGGCGCUCCCUCCAGCUCGUUGGCUGCCUCGGCCGAUUCGGGCGGAGGCAUCUGGUCGCGAGCUGCGGGACCGAAGAGAGACCUCCGUCCUGGGCGUCGACGCUGUGACUCGGGGGGGGGUGGGUCGCGGGCGCGCGCGUCUUUGGCUUUCUCUUCUUCACUGGGCGUCUUCGUCGAACCACGCCUGCGUUCCGUCUCCUCUUUGGCUGACCGCUCCGGGCUGCGUUGGCCUCUGGGGCGCUCUCUCUUCUCUCCUCGUUUGUUUUGCGCAUCUUCGCGGACGCUGGCUGAGUCGAGCAGAGAGGAACUCCACCGUGGGUGCUCUGAGAGCCUCUCGUCGUCGCGGUCGCCUGCGGACGCGUCGCCAGUGUCUGCAGCUCGCUCUCGUGCAAAUAGAUUUCCCUCUUCGCUGUCUUUGCUCGAUCCCGCUGAGGUGUCUUCCUCGGCACCGCCUCCCACAAUCGUGGAGUGUCCUCUGCUUCCCCCUCUUCUGGCUCACUCGUUUGUUCAAUCACUCUCUCCCCUCGCCUCCACCUGGCUCUCGGCGCUUUCGCCUUUUCUCCAGACGCUUCCUCCGCCGCACCUCCGGCUGUGGGGCGGCAGCUGCUGCGAAAUCCGGCCGCGCCUGCUGCCUCCACCUGUCCCUCUCUCUCUGCUCGCGCCACAGUCUCCCUCCCUCCUGUCUCAGCCGCCGCCUCCUUCCCCGUCUCUCUCGGCCGCGCCGAGUGCCUUGACUUGUAGUUCUCCCCAGGCGCCUUGUGAACCGAGCGUGCUCCCGCCGUCUGUCGCUCGCGCGCUUCAGGGGAUCGGCGUCUCCGUCCUCUCUCCUCUGCAGCAGUUCUUUCUGCCCUUUUGUCUCACGUCGUCUCACGACUUAAUGCUGCUUUCUCGCACGCAGACAGGCAAGUCGCUGGCUGUUCAACUCGCGGCCCUGCUUCGUCUGCUGGGCGCGCCCGACCCGAGCCCAGAAACAGGCCCGAGCGCCUUCCCGCGCUGCGUUUUCCUGGCGCCCACGAGAGACGUCGCGCAGCAGACGCAUGCGGAGUUGCUCGCGCUGAUUCGCUACACUCCGCAGCUGCGCGUGGCGCUUCUCACUGGCGGCUCCGCGGCGUUCUCUCAAGCCACCCACGAGGCGCUGGAGGAGCGCGAAGGCGCAGUGGGCAGCAGCACCGCGGGCGGCAGCUCCGCCUUUCCAAACGUCGCACAUGCAGAAAUCGAAGGUGAGGCCGCCGGGGAAGCUUCGGCGCCCCGCGAGGCGCCACAGAGACACCUGAGCGCGAGCGGAGACUCCAGAGCGCUUCGCAGCUUCCGCGUGUUCAAAAGACUCGAGCGGCUCGACGCGCACAUUUGGAUCUGUACCCCCGGAAAGCUCGAAGAGUACCUCGGCUUCCUCAACUGGCGCGAGGGUCGCCGCACCCAGCGCCCAUCGCGCGACGCCAACGUGAGAGACCGGCGAGAGAGGCCCUUUGCGCGGUGCGAGCUCCUCAUCGUGGAAGAAGCUGCCGUCCUCCUCCAGCAAAACGAAGGCGGCAUGCAGGCGAUGGCCGCACUCCUCAGGCUGAAGGAAAGACUGCCAGCAGGGCAUCAGACAGUCUUUCUGUCUCCUUGGCUGCCUCCGGAUCUCCGCGGCCUCUUUUCCCGCCUUGUGCGAGUCCGCGCGUUGACGAUCAACGCGUUGGAGACGCCUUGCUUGUCUCCCGCAGUCUUCACCUACGCGGUGGAGACGCCGAGCGCUGGCUCAGAGGGCGGCUCCGCGGUCUCCGCCUCAGGUUCUUCUUCUUCUGUGUUGUCUUCAAGUGAGUCUCCUUCUCCUGCUCAGACGUCCUCUCCUUCUUCUUCGCCCGGACCGUGUUUGUCUGCUGCGUCUCCCCCCGCUGCGGGCUCCUCUCCCUGCUCCCCUGGCACCUCGUGCGCCGCUCCUUGUGCGUCUGUCUCUCCUCCAGCCGCCCUCUCUGCGUCUUCGCUGCCGCCGUCUCCUCCCUCAGAGCCCUGCCCUAUUCUCCUUUCUUCGCCUCUCGCUGCCGCGGCUGCCUCGGCGGAAGGGGCGAGGGCCUCAACGUCUCAAGAGGCUGAAGCCGAGCUUCGGUCUCCCUCCCCUGUCACUCUCGCCUCGUCUCCUCGCGAAAGUAUUCUUCAUGUGAAGGAGCCUGUGGGGCUCUGGGGGCCGAAGCGCGCCUCCGAGUUCCUCGCGAAGAAGGAGCGGCAGUGGCGCGAGCUCCAGAGGGCGACGGAGACAGGGGGUCGGGCGAGAGAGGGGGAGGCGCGAGGCGACGAAGAGUGCGAAGCCGAAGGCGGCGCAGGACGCGAGACGGGGGAGGCCGUGCAAUCCGAGUUCGCGCUGUAUCCCGCGGACCUGCAUGCGCAUGUGCUUUUCAACGUGACGAUGAACGAGGCGCAGCGGGCAGCGGAGCUCGACGCCGAACGGGCUCGGCGCCGCGGAGUCGGAGGGAAGGACAGCCUGCGCCCUACUACGCGUGACGAAGCCCACGUGGUUCGGGGCAUUUUCUUCUUUUCCUCGCUCAAGAGUCUGCAGUUUCACUACGUCUUCUUCAAACAUUACAUCAUUCCCGUGUUGCAGGCACUCAACGCCUCCGCCCCUGCCUCUCCGUCGUCUCCCGCCUCGUCCGCUGCGUCUCCCUGUGGGGGGGCGCCUCCCGAGCCGCCGGCAGUCCCGCCAAGGCUGCCCAGGCUCUCGGCCCUCCACCACGGCCUGAGCGCCGAGAAAAGACAGGCGGUGAUAGAAGCCUUCUCUUCAUCUCGCCGACCGCCGGCUUUUGUAGCAGACGACGGCGGUGACAGGGGUGGCGCGACGCCGUCGAGCGCGUCGCCAGCGGCUCCGGAGGCCCCCACAGAGCUCCACAUCCUCUUUGCGACCGACCUCGCCGCGACAGGCUUGAGUCUGGGGCGCCUCGACUUCAUCGUUCACGUGGGGAAGCCGCGGGAGCCCGAGCUGCUCAUUCAGCGGCUCACGCGAGUCACCAGGGCUCCGGGGCCCGUGGUGCCCCCGUCCUCGCCCACGGCUCCCUCGCCACGCCCCCUCUCCCGCGGCGACUCUGCGCAGGCAGAGUCGCCGCGGCUCCCUGCGGAGCAAGGAGGCACAGGAGAGCAGGCCGCACGGCACGCGGCGCUUGCAGACGCCAAAGGGCGUUCGCUGCUGCUUCUGCAUGACUUGGAGGCGCAUUUUCUUUACGAGUGUUUUCAAGAGGGCAUUAAUCUGAGCGAGCUGCAUCCUCGCACGGCUCUCUCCCUGCUGCAGCGCAACCCUGCGCUCGCGGCGAUCCUCGGGCAGCCGCUGGAAAUGAAGACCACGCCGCGCGAAGACCGCGGCAAGUUGAGAGGAGACGGGGAGAAGAAAGGGAGACGGCGCCGAGAGAGAGGAGGAUUUGGAGAGAGAGACACGGACGCGGAGGCAAGCGCAGCCACCUGCGACGAGCCAACAAACGCUCCUUUGUCCGGCGCCUUUUCCUCGCCAGCAGAUUCCUCCUCUUCUGUCUCUUCUGCUGCUUCUCCUCGCCGUGCAACCAGUUUUUCAUCAGCGGCUGGAGAGGCGGAGGCUUCGGCGCAAGAGUCAGCGCCUCGAGAUAGAAGCGACAGGGGAGAGAACGGUGAUCUCUCUGUUCGCUUGCCCGCUUUGUCAAUUCCAGCGGUUCCUUUCUCGCCGGCUUGGUGGAGCGAGCUGCCCUGGCUGCGUGCGUCUGCAGACCUCUUUUAUCGCUCGCUUCUCGGACUAUAUGCCAUGCAGUCUAGGCGCCUCAAAUUCGAAAAGUGGCAAGUGCCUUCGCUUGUCAACGCUAUUCUCUCCUCGUUCGGCCUUCCUUCUCCGCCUCCUGUCUCGAAGCAGUUCGCAGCUCGCCUGCAUCUCCUCAAUGCUCCCGGACUCAACGUCGACUACUGGGCGCCUCAGAAGACCGACUUGUUGGCGAGCUUGGCUAGCUAUCCUGGCUUCUUGUCUCGUCAGCGCCAAGUGACGCUCAUGGGCGGGGCGAAGUCGCCGCUCCUGCGCCUACGCGCAUCAGAGAGAGAGGCCGCUUUUCUUGAGGCGCGCAAGGAGGAAGGUCUCGAACGACGCAUGCAACUCGCCCGCGGAGCAACACCUACAGACGAGCUGUCGUCUGCGUCUCCGCCUGCAUGCAAGGCGCGAGGGUCGCGGCUGCCGACUGCAGCCGAGGCCACGUCAGCGGAAGUCUCUCUCUAUAUGCCUGCGGAGCACUCCGCAUCCGACCGCGACACCGGCGCUGAAGAAAGACGAGCAGAGGCGCUGCGGACGCAGGAAGCGGAAGGUGACGUGGAAAAGAGACGAGAGAGCGGCGAGGCAGCGGCAGCGCUUCAAACAUUUGAGGACUCCGAUAUCGUGUGGGGGUCUCUCCACCCUCCGCCUCUGCCUCCGCAUCUGAUCCCGCGGGCACCCCGCGACGACGGCGACGCCAGACGGAAACGCGAGUUGAAAAGUGUCCAGCGCAGAUAG